CUCCACUUCCUGCAAGUCCAAUAAAUUUGUUGGAGACAAAAGAGUCGUUGGGUGAGUUUGACCGUUGCAAAUCAAGUUCUUGCUGAAAUAAUUUAUUCAGUAGGUUAAUCCAUGCGAGAGAAACAGAGAGAGAGAUCUUGACAAGCCUCCAAGAAUUUCCUGGGCGAGUUUUGAUUGCUUUUACACCAAAUAUUUUACAAUUGUGUCAGUGUGAAAUUUCAUGUGCUAAAUCGUUUAGCAAUGCAGAUGGGAAGCACUUUAUAUGGAUUGCAGUCUGGGGCAAUAUUUAACCUAUCGAUUGGUGGAGUGAAGAAUAACUGUUUGGGCCUGUUUAGAUAAUUAUGACGAGAUUUGCUGGCCAAUUUCACUGCAUCUCCUCCCCAAACCAUCCAAUUUCAGUGGCAUUUCGUGAGUGGUGAAGGAUGAAUGUGCGACUAGUGUUGAUUCUCUUGCACUUUUUUGCAGCAUCACGGGCAUUUUCCGUGCAUGACAAUGCAGCGCGUGAAUUGGGAGACUUCUCUGUCGAGGAUUCUCAGAAUGAGAUUGAUAUUGAUAGUGAGGAUGAAAAGCAGUUUUCCGUUUCGUUUCUCAAUGUGAAUUUCAACUGCAAGAACAUCAUCAUCGAGACGGAGUUUAAUCUCUUGAUGCUGCAAGAGAAUCAUCUUUAUGUUAUAAACACAAAUGAUAGUGAAAGUUCUCUGGCCAAACUGGCCACUCUUGGAGAUUUCGCUGCUCCGCCGCUGGAUGCAAAGGCUUCCUUCUGGACUGAUGACAAAAUAAUCAUCGUACUGGCGUUCCCCACCCACUACAAUGUCUACAAAGUGGCCUUGGACAGAUCUGGCGCAAACUUCUUGCCACCCAUUCAGAAAAUUAGCAUAAUUGAGGAGAUUCCCGUGAAAAUUGCCCUGUAUCACCGGCGUGAGGAGCUCUUCUGUCUGCUCGUGACCAAAAUAAGCGAAUAUCGGGGAAUUUUGAGAUUGUUCACUUGGCACCUAAUGCACUUCAAGGAAGUAGUUCAUCAAUAUGUUUCCGGGAUGACUAAUGUGUUGCACACUAAUUGGCAUGAUAAUGAGCGUGCUGCCAUUGCGACGGUCCAUCGUGGGCGGGAAAAGGUGGAGAUUCACCUGCUGGACGGAUACAAUCUCAGCCAAUUCCAGACCCUCCACGCUCACGGGCAAUUCGUGCGGUUCGUCAAGACGUCAGACAACAGCUCUCUACUCAUCUGCUCAUUAUCUCACCACUGUGACAUUUAUCAGUGGAUGGAGAGACGCUUCAAUCACUGGCGGCGUGUUAAUUUGUCCGGUGAUUUCCAUGAUUUUCACACUGGGCACAAUGUGAUAAUUUAUCGAUUUAAUCACACACUAUUUGUGAGCAAUCGCGUGGAUUUAAUGCCAAUUCGAUCAAUUAAUUGUACCACAGCACGAAUUUAUUUGCACAAAGUGCACGACAGCGCUACAAUUUGGGCUGUGUCGGUCUUCCUGGAGCCGCCACACACGAGACUCAAUUUCAUUAAAAUCACCCAAGUGGGUGGCAAUGAGGACAGCGAGCAGCCAUCCGGGCGACACCUGGAUGAGAUUCAAUCAUUCACGAGAUUCCUCGGUUGUGCUAAUCAACUGAAGAGACAAUUUGGCGCAAUUUAUGGGAGCAUCACGAAAAUGUCAGCACUCAAUCAGCUAAUUUUGCGCCAAGACAGACCAGUCGAGCUCUCCGGGAAGUUGACUGUGAGUAAUGUUACUAGAGUGAGAGAGAAUGUUACUAUUGAACUGGCAAAAGUACCAAUGAAUAUUUCACAAACACCCACGGAACUACUGAAAAAUGUGGCUCAUCUCAAUGCACACAAAUUGAAACUGGAGACAAAUAGUGGGAGUUCCCUGGAAAAUUCGAAUCGACUACGCAGAGAUGAUGGCAACCAAACUAGGACGAAUGGUGAAAAAUUGACUUCAAUCAAUGCCGAAAGAAUUCGCGUAAGAAAUUUGCGAACAAACAGUGAUAAAUGGACAAAAGUUCUUUUGAAAAGAUCGUCCAGUGCCCAAAAUGUCACCAUAACUGCACUGAAGAGCCUCCGCGUGGCAAAUGCAUAUGUAUCUGGCACCGUCAAUGGAAUUCACAUGGAGCAAGUUCUCCACAACAGUUCUCAUUCACUCCUGCAGAACAAGACCAUCCACAAUGCUAGCUACAAGAACUUAAUCGUGAAGAAUUCCAUCAAUUCCAUUCACAUUGACGACUUCUUAGGCCAGUUCGCCAAGGGACGCAGUCUUCAUUCAUCCGGUUUACAUGUUGAUCAAGUGAUUGUGGAGAAAAUUCAGGGGAUGGACUUCGAUUCAUUCUAUCACUCCCUCUUUUUGCGUAAUUCCUCUCGUGAGAUUGAUGGAAAUUUAACUUUCCACAAUGUGACCACAGUGAAAGACGCGAAGGCGGAAACCAUCAACAGUAAAGCCACAGACAACCUUGUGUCGCUGCACACAAAUCAAAUCAUCAAUUCCACCAUUCGCAUCAAUCAAUUCCGGGUGGAGCACUUUGAGGUUGACACAGUGAACGGCAUUGAAUUCAGUGAGAAGAAUUUGGCACUCAUCGGAAAGGAUAAUCAUCUCGAAGGUCCAAUUCAGCUGUACGACUUGUAUGCGAGGGAUUUGGUGCUUUCGGAGGGCGAUGAGGAGAGCCCAGAUCGAAUUAUUGGGACACAUAUUGAUGACUUAUCUCAAGUGUAUAUGGGUCAAGUGACGCUAAAGGGAAAUCUUCACGUUGGCACACUCAGAGUUGCCAGCAAAAAUAACUUCUUCGUCGACCAACCCUUCAACUUGUCCAGCCUCGGGGACUUUUGGGAUGUAAGAACGAAUCAGGAUUUUAGCGGCAAUGUGAUUUUCUCCGGCAACAUCACAACACCCCAACUUCAAGUUGACUUUGUGAAUCAACACGCAGCCAGAGAUUUUCUCACGACACGCCAAGAAAGAGUGGGCAACAUCACGCUCUUUCUCACUUCAGCUCAUGUGGCGGGAAGUGUUGAGAUGGACGAAAGUGGCCAGACAUUGGCCAACAUAGUCAGUGAGUCCGUCGUGCGUGUCAAUGAGAGAACAGUUGUGAAAGGCGUGAAGAACUUCACGGGUCGCAUUCACGUGGGGAAUCUCAUCACGACUCACCUUAAUGAUGACCUCAUUGCAAAAGUGGUGUUGAGAAAUUUCUCUCGGAUGGAAUUUCCCAGUCCGAAACACUUUUCCCACCUGCAUUUGGCAGAAAAUCUCAUUGUGGGGGCAAAAAAUGUGAAUAUCAAUAGUGUUCUGGCGAGUGACCUUCGUGAAUUGAUUGAAUCGUGUGUGAUGAUCGAUGAGGCUCAAAAUAUCACCUUCGUGCAGGCAAAUGAAAUCCAAUCACGAGACAUUGAAGUGGAAAAGCUGAAUACUGUGCCAUUCAGCAAAUCAAUAAGCGAUAUUGAGAAGAUGAAAAUCCACGUGGAAAUUCAGGGGAAUGUCACAUUCCGCAGGAAUGCACGGCUCAGCUACGUGAAUGGGGUCAAUCUGGAAGCAUUUCUGCCUCUGGUGGCUCACAAGUCGAAAGCUCUGCAAGUUGGAGGGACGAAGAACUUCACAGGCGACGUCAAGAUACUCAAGGAGUUCACAGCGGGUGCAAUAAAUGGUCACAGUGUGGAGAAUUGGCUGAGAAAUGCCCUGGUCAAUGGCACGAAUCAGACUGUGAAGGAGAAAUGGACGGUGGGACACCUGAAAGCUCCCAAAAUCAAUGUGGAUACCAUAAAUGGGGUCAGAGUGAAACACCUGAUGGACUCCGAGGGAAGUGUGCACUUCGACGAGGACCUGCAUGUGGAGGAAAUGACGGUGAAUGGUGGCGACGUGUUCGGCAGAAUUGACAUUGACUUCGACCAAAUUGUCGAAUUGCUCAAGAUGCCCAACAUCAGAGCGUGGAGUGAGCUUCGUGUCGAGAGGGAUGCUCACUGGCCUCUCAUCGGCAGUCUCUCGCCCCUCACUGAAAUCCUCACAAACGCCCUGCAUGCUCAUGAAGAGCAGGAAAUUGGCGGAGAAGUGCACUUCACGAGUGCUUCAGUGGACAAUCUCACAGCCCGUAUGAGACUCAACGAUGUGUCCGUGGAGACCCUGUCUCGAGACUCAGUGCGACGGACGUCGAGCAGCCAAAAGAUUACCGGCCACAAACACUUCCUUCAACCGAUUGGGGUGCGAAAUCUCAUUGCGAAGGACUACCUUAAUGUGCCAAUUAUAAACAAUAUAGACAUACUUAAGCUCAAUGCCACAAUGCUGAGACGCAGCGAGAAGAGCAUUUGCAUUGAAGAUUCCUGGACAUUCAGGAAUAUAUUGAAGGUGAAUGAUUUGAUGGUGCACAAGAGAAUCAAUAAUGUCUUGCCUGAAGAUCUCGCCACAGCCCUUGAACGCCACGAUAAAUAUCUUCCAGCCACAUUUUUCAACAAUCUUACCAUUGUGGGAAAUUUAACUGUGACCUUUGUGGACAGAAUGCCACUGGAUCAUCUCAUUAACGAACGAGUGAAGAAGAGGGCAGAGAAGAAUCAAGAUUUGAAGGGCUUAAUUACAUUUAAGGAUGUGAUUUUAGCUGACUAUGCCGACGUUUACUCCAUCAAUGGCAUACAAAUCAAUUCUCUCUUCCUCAAGAGAGCCUCUCACGUGCAAGAUGUCACCGGAGAGAAGGUGUGCCUGGGAAAUUUACGACUUCUUGGGCCCUCAAGUGUCUCAUAUCUAAAUAGUCGAGACAUCGUGGAGAUGCAUCACAAUUCUCUGUUUUUGAAUAAGGAUCACAGUGUAGAUGAUUACGGAUUCGAGAGAGUUCACCUGAAGAAUGCCCUGAAGGUGAAGGAAUCCCUCAAUGGAAUUCACCUGGACACAAUCAAUUACAUGGGAAACUCGAGUCAUAAAAUGAAAGACAUUGAGGAGGAGAUUCAGAGAAUAAUUCAAAAUAUUCCCGAUGGAUCGACAUUUGUGGUGGCAAAGAAGAAACGCUUCGUCUACUUUGACUACGUGAACUCCACGGCCUCGAUGGCGGGAUUGAGCCCCAGAGUGGUUCGUUCUGUGAAUAUUGAUGUGGAUUUCGGCGGGGUGAACCUGACUGAGUGGCUCUGCUCGCGACGGUACAGUGUGAAAAUGCUCGAGGAUAGUAACAUGGUGAUUCGCCGUGUGGAAAGUGUGUCAAAAGGCAGCCAAAGGGCAUGGAGUGGCGUGGAAAUGGCAGCUGGGAAUCACGUACAAAAUUGCAUUUCACGGCUUGAGACAGGCGAGAACACCACAAUCACAUUCACCGUGAGACACGCUGGAAGGGUGGCGAAAAUUGAGAAAAUAUACCAAGGCGGACUCUCUUACAUGGCCUUUCUCAAGAUCAAGACGACCAGCAACGGAGUGCUGGCCAUUGUCGCCACAAUCCGCGGGAAUGUGACACGAAUCCAGCUCGAGAGAGUGAAUAGAGACACCCCAGCUGUCUCCACGCUCCACACAAUAUCACUUUCUGCUGAAAACACCUCAAUUCACGUGAUGAAAGCCAAGGAGCACGUGCAUCUAAUCGUGGGCGUGCCCAAGAACACCCUCGAUAAUUCAAUUUUGGUGUACAAACUGACGAAGAAUGCCACAGAAUUUUCACACAGCCACAGCAUUGGCGGGAAUUACGGCAUGAUCAGGUGCAAUGAUGCUCUUGGCAUGAUUAUCCUGGGCAACAGAGGAAGCCAUUUUGUGAAUAUCUACAAAUUGGAUGACGAAAGUGGCGAGUUUAAACUUUUCCAGAGCAUCAAAUUGCAAUCAACUCCUCGUCUGCUCAACACAUUCGCCGUGGCGGAAAAUCAAUUUUUCGUUAUCACACUGGAAAAUGAUAAUUUUCUCAUCUACAAGUACAACUACAUUGAAGGCUGGGUCCUUAUCUGUGUCAAUCAAUAUCCAAAUAUUGAAUCAGUGACACCCUUCAGCUUGGCCAACGAGGGAUACUUGCUGGCGAUCGCCGCCGAUUCAGCCAGAGUCAUCGCCCUCUUCACACAAACGGAGGAUUAACCAAUUUUCCACACGCAUUAUGUCUACACAUUAUAAUUUAUUUAUUGCACUAUAGUUUCCAUUUAGUGUUUUCUGCACAUAUUGUUGCCUGUUGUCCAUCUGUCGUAUUCAUCAAUAAAGCAUAAGUUUAACUGA